CCGGGCCGGGACGCGGAGCAUGGAGCCGCGGGCCGGCUGCCGGCUGCCCGUGCGGGUGGAGCAGGUCGUCAACGGCGCGCUGCUGGUCACCGUGAGCUGCGGCGAGCGCAGCUUCGCCGGGAUCCUGCUGGACUGCACGAAAAAGUCUGGCCUCUUCGGCCUGCCCCCGUCAGCUCCGCCGCCCCAGGCCCAGGACCCGCCUGUCAACGGCUGCCACGGGCCGGCCCCCACGGAGGGCGACACAGAGGCGAUGCAGCUGGGGACAGGCCCCCCGCCACCUCCCAGUGGGGACCAGGCCCCUGGGACCGCCAGCCCCGAGCCGCCCCUGCUGCCCGCCGGAAGCCUGCCCCCGUUCCCGCCCUAUUUUGAAGGCGCCCCCUUCCCUCCCCCGCUCUGGCUGAGGAACACGUACCGGCAGUGGGUGCCGCAGCCGCCCCCCCGGGGCAUCAAGAGGACACGGAGGCGCCUGUCCCGCAACCGCGACCCUGGCCACCUGGCCCUGAGUCCCAUCCGCCUGCGGCCCCGCCAGGUGCUCUGCGAGAAGUGCAAGAGCACCCUGAGCCCCCCAGAGGCCAGCCCCGGCCCCCCGGCCCCCCCACAGCCGCGCAGGGAGCCCCGAAAGCCCGAGGACCCCAACGGUGGGGGUGACACCACCCCCAAGAGGAGGAAGAGGGAGAGGCGGCAGGAGGCGCGGGCCCGGGUCCCCCGGAGCCCGGUCAUCAAGAUCUCCUACAGCACGCCCCAGGGCACGGGCGAGGUGGUGGAGAUCCCCUCCCGCGUGCACGGCUCGCUGGAGCCCUUCUGCCCCCCGCAGGCCCCGCCCGGAGGCCCGGACCCCGAGGCGCCUGCCUCCAUCCCCAAGCUGAAGCUGACACGGCCCCUGCGCCCCAGCGCUGCCCCGCCGCCCCCCAAGAUCCGCCUGAAGCCCCACCGCCCGGGGGCUGGCGAGCAGGAGCCCGUCUACAAGGCCGAGCUGGUGGAGGAGCUCAAGGGCUGUGGCCGCGGCCCCCGGGCCGGCUCACCCGUGCCCCUGGCUGACGGCUCUGCCCGCUCUGGGCUGGCGGACUCGUCUUCUGGAAGUUCCGGCGAGGACGACGACUGCAAGGGGUGUCCCCGAGGCGAACACGGGCGUGACGGCCUGGCUUUUCUCGCCGCCUGCCCCCGGAGAACUGGCUGCGCCAGCCUGUCGGCGUGCAGCAGCGACAGCCUGGACGAGUCCAAAUCGCCCAGCUCGGAAGGGACGUCACCAGACAUGUGUGACCUCUCGUCUGGCGACGGUGCGUCUGUGCCGGCCUCGUCCAAGGACGCGCGGCCGACGGUCCCACCCCUGACGGUCAGGCUGCACACGCAGAGCGUCUCCAAGUGCGUUACCGAGGAUGGAAGGACCGUGGCCGUAGGGGACAUCGUGUGGGGUAAGGUUCAUGGUUUUCCCUGGUGGCCAGCACGUGUCCUGGACAUCAGUCUUAGCCAGAAGGAGGACGGCGAGCCCUCCUGGCAAGAAGCGAAAGUCUCAUGGUUUGGUUCUCCGACUACAUCGUUCUUGUCUAUUUCAAAACUCUCCCCUUUCUCUGAAUUUUUCAAACUGAGAUUUAACCGUAAGAAGAAGGGGAUGUAUCGGAAAGCUAUAACAGAGGCUGCCAAUGCCGCCCGACACGUGGCCCCGGAAAUAAGGGAGCUCUUAACCCAGUUUGAAACGUAACUCGGGUUCCGACCAGGUCGCAGACAAUGAGGGCAUGGCUGUUCCCUGCAGCUCCUGACUUCAGGGGUGUCCUCCGCACCCCCGCUCCGUCCCAGGACCCUGCAAGCCUUCUGGCCGGCUGCAGGCGGAGCCCCGGCCCGCGGGCUUAGCCUGGUUCGAGGCCUCCGGGGGCAGCGGGUGCAUCUGGCCACGAGGACAGACCGCCGGAGCGCUGCGACUCCUCUGGGCCAAAUGUGUUUAUUCCCCCGACGCAGACUUUAGCUUUUCUGGUUUGUGAAGCGCCAGAGCCCAGCAGCAGGGGUGGCCUCCGGGCUCAGGGCGCCCAGGGGAGCAGGGCCGCAUCACCUCCCCGCUGGCCUCGGGACAACCCAGCCCCGGGCGCACGGGGUCUCUGUGCGCUCGGCAACCGGCUGCCCCCCCACCCCCGC